AUGGCGCCCAAGGUUCUCAUGGUCGCAGAGAAGCCCAGCAUCGCGCUCUCCAUCGCCUGCGCCCUCUCCGGCGGCCGCAUGUCUACAAGGAAGGGAAGCACAGAUGUCCAUGAGUUUGACGGAACAUUUCAGGGUUCUUAUGCAAACUUCAAAGUGACAUCAGUCAUUGGACAUGUCUUAAGUGUAGAUUUCCCCCCUGCAUAUCAGAACUGGGAAGGAACUGAUCCAAUGGACCUAUUUGAGGCUCCAGUUCUGAGAUCUGAAUGCAACCCAAAGGCUCAUAUACGCAGGCAUCUAGCUCAAGAAGCUCAAGGCUGCACUUAUUUGAUACUUUGGCUGGACUGUGACCGAGAAGGAGAAAAUAUAUGCUAUGAAGUUAUUGAGUGCACUGGGAUUCCUGAAAAUGAGGCUGGCAGAAGAAUUUUCCGUGCUAGAUUUUCAUCUGUUACUGAGAAAGACAUAUUGACCGCCAUGGAUAAUCUUGUUCUGCCAAACAAAGAUGAAGCGCUAUCAGUGGAUGCCCGGCAAGAAAUUGACUUGAAGGUUGGAGUAGCAUUUACUCGAUUUCAGACUCGAUAUUUCCAAGGAAAAUUUGGAAACCUUGAUUCAAGAGUGAUUUCGUAUGGUCCAUGCCAAACACCUACACUUGGAUUCUGUGUACAACGCUAUCAGCAAAUCACCACAUUCAAACCAGAGAAAUUCUGGUCCUUGAAAACAUAUAUUAUCAAAGAUAAUGAUGAAAUACAGCUAGAAUGGGACUGGAAGAAACUUUUUGAUUUUGAUGUUACUGUAAUGUUCCAGAAGAUGGUCAUCAGUGAUGGGACUCUAAAAGUAGCAGAUGUAUCAGUGAAGGAGGAGUGCAAAACCCGUCCAUCUGGCCUUAAUACAGUUAAUAUGCUUAAGGUUGCAUCAAGUGCGCUUGGUAUUGGACCUCAGACAGCCAUGCACUUGGCAGAGCGGCUUUACACUCAAGGAUUCAUCAGUUAUCCUCGUACAGAGAGCACUGCAUAUCCAUCAUCAUUUGAUUUUCGAGGUGCACUUGCUGCACUAUUAAAUAAUCCUCUAUGGUCCAAUGAUGUCCGGACAUUACUGGAUGCUGGUUUUGUUAAGCCUCGUCAAGGUCAUGAUGCUGGGGACCAUCCUCCAAUCACUCCAAUGAGGUCAGCAACAGAAGCAGCUUUAGGAACUGAUGCUUGGAGGCUGUACCAAUACAUAUGCCAGCACUUCAUUGGAACUGUUAGUCCUGAUUGUAGAUAUACAAGGACUGCCAUUGAGUUCACUUCAGGUGGAGAAACUUUCCACUGUGUUGGGUAUCGAGUCACUUCUAAAGGAUUUACCUCUAUCAUGCCAUGGCUAGCUGUCAGUGAGAAUAGUCUUCCUGCAUUUAAAAAGGGAGACUCUGUUAGUAUUCAUAAGGUUGACAUAUAUGAGGGAAGCACUACACCACCUGAUUACCUCAGUGAAAGUGAAUUGAUCUCUCUCAUGGAGAAGAAUGGCAUAGGUACAGAUGCAUCAAUUCCUGUACAUAUAAACAACAUUUGUGAACGUAAUUAUGUUCAGGUGAAUUCUGGAAGAAGGUUAGUACCGACACCCCUGGGAAUUACGUUGAUAAGAGGGUAUCAGUGUAUUGAUGCUGAUCUCUGCUUGCCAGAUAUCAGAAGCUUUAUUGAGCAACAGAUUACUCUAAUUGCAAAAGGCAAAGCUGAUCAUCUUCGAGUUAUUCAACAUGUUAUUCAGCAAUUUAUGAAAAAGUACUCUUACUUUGUGAAAAAGAUUGAAAACAUGGAUGCGCUGUUCGAGGCACAGUUUUCACCUUUGGCAGAUUCUGGGCGCCUACUAAGCAAGUGUGGAAAAUGUGGUCGGUAUAUGAAGUACAUUUCCACUCAGCCAAUGAAGUUGUACUGUAUAACUUGUGAGGAUGUCUAUUAUCUUCCUCAGAAUGGUUCAAUUAAGCUUUACAAGGAAAUCAUAUGCCCUCUUGAUGGUUUUGAGUUGCUUCUGUUCUCGAUGGUGGGACCUGAUGCAAAAUCUUUCCCAUUGUGCCCUUUUUGCUAUAAUUGUCCUCCAUUUGAAGGCAUCGACAAACUCUUUGGUGCUCUCAAGCUCGAUGACACCGGCAAGGUUGGGAAAGGGGCCGGCAUGCCAUGCUUCCUUUGUCCUCACCCGACAUGCAAGCAAUCUAUGAUCACUCAGGGAGUUUGUGCUUGUCCUGAGUGUAGUGGUAUCCUGAUUCUUGAUCCAGUUAGUGCACCCAAAUGGCGGCUUUACUGCAACAUGUGUAAUUGCAUUGUAUUACUCCCAUAUGCUGCUCACAGGAUCACCACUACAGAUAAAAAAUGCCUAACAUGUGAAUCUACUAUCAUUGAAGUUGAUUUCAACAAGAAAACCACCCCUCUUCAAGAUGGAGCUACAUUGCAUGAGGGCUGUAUCUUGUGUGAUGAUCUGUUGCAUUCACUGAUUGAAAUGAAGCAUGGUAAGUCAUUCUUUAUGCGGAGAGGUAGAGGCAGAGGUAGAGGGAGAGGCCGGGGCAGAGGAAGCAGCCGUGGCAGAGGAAGACGAGGGAACUCAAGGUAUGACGAUCCUAAAAUGAGCUUCCGGGAUUUUUGA